AUGAAAACGAUUCUGAAACAAAAAGAUAAUAAAGAACUCUAUAAUGCUAAGCUGUUGGAAUCAUCACAUGCUUGGCUCGGACCCUCCACAUCUUCAAUAGCCGAAUACCCUCAACUUCUUAAGCUUAAAUCACCUACCUGGACUCAGGACCAGCUCAAAGAAGCCAUCGAAGCUGUUGUCCAACAGAAAAUGAGAUUCACCCAAGCCUCGUCUCGUUACGGUAUACCUAAAGGUACCCUUUACGACAAUAUCUUGGGAAAAUCCAAGCGGAUGGCGGUUCUAGAAGAAGCCGGCUUAACAAUUCAAGAAGAGGCGGCCGUAUUAGAGUUUUGUUGCGACGUUUCCAUAUCGCCCUACAACAGAAGAACGAAAAAAUCAUUGAAAGAUGUUCUUAAUUUUGUUGAAAAAUUGAGGAGGUUAAGAGAUCCGGAAUUUAUGUUUACCGGAUUGUCGGGAUUUAGAUGGUGGUGGGCUUUUUCAGACAGUUACCAGUACCAGUUACAAUCCAUGUGGCAAAAGUGCUGGAACACCAACCAAAGCCUGGUGCAUAAUCUAAGAUUUCGAGAGCGAGGGCCGUUAAAGUCCUGGCGGCCCGAGACAAUGGCCGAGGCGAUUUUUUCCGUGCUCAAAGAAGGACUGAGCCUAUCUCAAGCUGCUAGAAAAUACGACAUACCUUAUCCGACGUUUGUGCUGUACGCCAACAGAGUUCAUAAUAUGCUGGGUCCAUCAGCGGAUGGGGGAUCUGAUCUAAGGCCAAAAGGUAGGGGCCGGCCUCAAAGAAUUCUUUUGGGAGUUUGGCCUGAUGAACAUAUACGAGGUGUUAUUCGUGCUGUAGUAUUUCGGGAUUCUCAUCAAAUUAAAGAAGAGCAUCCAGCGCAUAUGGCCUAUCCAAGAUUACAUGACGGUGUUAAAAACUAUCCUUUCCAAGACAGUGUAGCGAUCCAAAACUACCCCAACAACGCUUGUAGCAACGGUUCAGAACCCAACGUAUCACCUGGAGCAGCCGCAGCAGCAGCAGUAGCGGCGGUAGCUCAAGGACUGAGACAACAAAUGUGCAGUAUGGUGGCCGCUGCUCACAGUCAAAGCUCGGCGCACGACACCAACCCAGUAGCUAGCCUAGUCAAUACGCUAGCUCUAGCUGGUCACGGUGUACCUUUACCUAGUAACGGAGCUCCGCCUAUGAGCAUGAGCCACAUAGCCAGUAUGCGUAGCAUGAGUAGCCCUGCGGGCAGUAUACAAGACUUGAGGAUUAGUCCGUCGGAAUCUGCCGGUAUGGAAAGUCCUAUAUCGUCGCCUUUGGGUUUGACGGUGUCUAGUAGUAUGGUGGAACCUGCCAUUAACAUGCAUAUAGGCAACAACAUGGACGUAGGAAUAGGCUCGGGCAUGACAUAUAAACCCGCGCGAUCGUUUACAUCUCCGCGUCCCGAGAACCUUUUCCAAGAAGACAUAGACGAUUUGGUGAAGCCUAUACACCAAUCCAGCACGCCGAGGUCCAAGGACACGAUGCCCUCCAUCAAAAUGGAACCGAUGACGGAGUGUCGGGGCGAAUGA